AUGUCUACUUUGUUACCUACUAGCAAUGGAUCUGCUGAUUCUGGUGGAGAUCGUGAUACCCAGGAUGCAAGGGAUGUGCUUCUGACUAAUGUUGGUGUUGAAGACUCGGUGGAUGAUGAUGAUGGUUCUGCUCAUUCAGACAUGGAAGAUAUUGAGACAACUUUUGAUCAAUCUACUAAUUUGGCUGCUGAUCUACCUGGAGUUGCGGUGAACGGUGCUGUGGAUGAUGGCUAUAUUAAUGAUAUGAAAAUUUCUAUUUCAUUGGCUAAAGCUGAAAUUAGACAGCUAUCAUUGUAUGUGUCUUCGGCUCCUGAAAGUGACUCUUCUUUAAGAAACAAGCGAAUCCGUUUGAAUAGGCGUACAGAAGAUCUUGCUAUGAUGAAUAAGGCGUAUUUGUGUGGUGAAGAAGCUAAUGAAACGACAAUCAAGCAUGCGCAAGUUUCUAAAGUUGUACCAAGAAAUUUACCUCUUUUUCGCUGGGAAGGUUUGGCUGCUGCUGGACCGGAAGGUCAUGUUUUUGUGGAUGUGAAAACCUGUCUCAUGAACUUCGUGGAUGUCAUGAACAGUCAUGGUUUAGACUUAAACGAUAAUUAUCUCAGGCUUCUACCUCCUCUGUUAUUUGGUACUACUCGUAUUUGGCACGAAGACUACAUCAACAAGUUUAAAUCUGCAUAUCAACGGGUUCCUAACUGGCAAGAAUUCUCUGUGGCAAUCCAGGAAAGAUACGGUCUUAACGCCCAAGAAGAACGAAACAACUGUGCUCGGGAGUUAAACAUCAUUACUAUGUUACCCACGGAAAACAUGGAAGCAUUCAUUGAUCGUUUUAACAGCUUGCGUAGACGUGCGGUGGAUCAAGUCUUGCCUGACUCAUUGUUGGUGGAACGUUUUCUUUCUGCUAUCCCCAUUACCCUAUCUAAUCAAGUCACUGUAGCAUCUGCGACAUUAGCCACGUACAAACAGAAUGAUGUCGAUAUUAUUGCUGCUUUGGCAAGAAGUUUUUUUAAUCGCUUGGCUCGUCAAGAAAGAGCUGCUGCUGCUGCCCGUGCUAACAUUCAUCCUGGUGAAGCUCCUCGUGCCCCGAAGAGAACAGCUGCCGCUAUAAACAACAAUGAACAUCUUCAUCAAGAUUCUCUUUUAUCAAGACAUGCUCCUGGUAACUCGUCUAUAAAUAAUUCUACAAUUAUGGCUCCGGCCCCAUCUCGUGCUUUUUCUACUCCUCGUCCCCGGACAAGAACUGAAAAAUAUUGCAGCUUUCAUCGAGCUAAUACUCACAACACUGCUGACUGCCGAGCUGCUAACGCUCAGAGCAACGAGCAAGCGCCUUCUGGUAUUGAAGACAGGAAAUGCUACACUUGUGGUGUGUCUGGCUGGACAAGAGCUCACGUAUGCAAUACUGCUCGUAGAGAAGAGAUUACGCCAGGACAAGAAUACAAUUUUGGUGCUAUGAGUUUCGGGUCUGAAAGAAUCGUCGGUAACAAUUACGCAGCUGAUGCUGUUGCUACUGCUGAGCAUGCUGCUACAAUCGGUGCGUCUAAUGCUUGGGCGAAUGUGAACAAUACCGCUGGAACUAUACUUCAGCAUGCAUCAUCUUCCGCAGGUGAUAGGGCUCAUAUUACAGCCGAUGCUAGAGAAUUGGCUCUUUGGGCACAGCAAUGUAAGUUUCAUAGUGUAUUUAGUCUGCCUCCAGAUAACAAAUCUAACAUGAUUAUUAUUCCUGUUAUUAUACAAAAUAUUAGAACUUAUGCUAUUAUUGAUACGGGUGCUACGUUCAGCAUGAUCUCUCCUUCCUUUGCUUCUUUUUUGGGCGAUUCUAUUGUCAUUACUCCUUCUUCGGGAACCGUGCAGUUAGGCCAUGUCAAUAAUUUUUGUGAUAGAAAAGGAAACGUAUCAAUAAAUAUAUUUUACAAUAACAAAGCUUUCAUUCAUAAAUUCGAAAUUUUUGACUUUUUUAAGACUCAUAAUAACAGGCAUAUUCCAGCUUUAAUUGGUAUGGAUUUAUUUCAUCAAUUACGUAUUGGGAUAACGGGCCUAGCUAUAUCACAUUUUGAUUUGCAAAAUAAUAAUCCAUUUCCACCUUCCCCUGUUGAUCCUAUCUCUAAACCUAAUAACAGUCCUUUCGGAACUCAAGUAGAACGAGAUAUCAUGCUUUCAGUAUUAAAUCCUUUGUUGCAGAAUAAUGCCAAGAUUGAUAUGAAAAACACUUUUUGUAAUCUACCGGGAGCAGUUAUCCAUUUAAAUACUAAACCGGGUUGUAUUGCAUUUAAGAAACAAUAUCCUUUACCUUUCGCAUAUGAAGAUGCCGUCCGUAAGCAAAUUACUACCUGGUUGAAUGAGGGUGUUAUCGAAGUUGCUACUUCACACACCGGAUUCAAUGCUCCAUUACUCGUUGUCGGACGAAAAAAUGCAGAUGGUAUCUUUACCUUUGAUAAAAUAAGAUUAGUUACUGAUGUACGUAAUUUGAACUCUAUCCUUACCGUAACAGAUACUCAAAGUUACCCAUUAAUCAACGAAAUUAUGAGCCGAAUCGGUGGUGCGAAAAUUCAUACAAUUAUUGAUAUCAAAUCUUGUUUCAACAGUUUCCUUGUUGCAGGCUGA